AUCGGUCGCCAUGGCGAGCCGUGGGAGGGUGAGUGCAGUGCGCAUGCGUGGUGGGGAGCAGGCUUCCGCGGUUGGGAGUAGCUGGUCCCGGUGGGUGACCGCCCGCCCGGUUUCAGGCCCAACGGAUCGGGUUUCCAUUGCCCUGUGGGGUUGCCUCGAGUCAAAUGGAGCCUGGGCCGAACAGGGAAAGGACGGAGGCGGCCCGCGCGGGGUCGUUCAGUCGGGGUCGUCGCCGUCCCUUCCCCGUUCGACCCGUACCCGCCUGAGCUUCCGGGAAGGAGGCAAACGUCGAGGAGAGGGGGACGGCGGCCGCUGUCCGCCGGCGGGAUGGGGACUGUAGUGCUGUGUUCGGUGCCAGCUUCUGCAGUUUCAACCACGUGGGGAAUGGUUCAUGAACAGCACAGGUCUUUGCUGGCUGUGAAUUAUUGAGGACAUGGAAAGCAAGUGGGAGUUAGCAGAGUCCACCUCUUCCAUAUGUGUGCACACAUGGUUUAACUCAUUGUCAACUCCUAUACCAAGUCUUGUUAAAGAAAAGGCUUUGAGGCUUUUUAAAUUGUUACACAGAACUCGGCAAGAAGUUUUUAAGAAUGAUACAAGAGCCCUUGAAGCUGCAAGACAAAAGAUAAAUGAAGAAUUCAAAAAUAACCAAAGUGAGACAUCUGAAGAGAAAAUAAAUGAGCUUCUGAAAAUAGCUUCAGAUGUUGAAGUGAUUCUCAGAACUUCUGUUAUUCAGGCAGUUCACACAGAUUCCGACAAAAUAUUGCUCUUGCCCAGGAAGGAUCUGCUACAAGACAAUAUUCCUUACUUUGAUAAACCAACCAAAAAGCAUGAAUCCUGAGAAGAGUGUGCCAUUCUCCCCAGUAGGUUAAAAUGUGAUAAUGAGUACUCUGAAAAACAGUAGUAGGUACCUGUCUUAAUUGUUUUCCAAAUUUUGAUUUUAAUUUAAUGCCAAGUAAAUGUGGACUGAAGCCAGUUUUGUUUGUUAUAUCACCAUGGACUUCUUUUGAGGAAGAUAGUACUAUUUCCACAGAAACUUGAGAGUCACAAUUUCCUUGGAAAAGAAAGUGUGUAAAUAUGUGUACUACUGAAUUGUGUUACUUCAGAGAGGAGUAUCAGAUAUAGAUUGUUUCCUAGCAGUCUAGAACUUUGAGGAACUAAAUGCAAGUGAACUGCAGCUCUUAAUCCUGAUAACAUUACAUUAUAUACUGCUUUGAAGUAACUGAAAACCAUGUUGUAGAACUUAAUGUUAAAUUUAUGCUUCACAUCAAAAAGCUUGGAUUCUUAAGUUAUCAUUAAUUCUAUGCUGAAAUACUGUAAUGUUUGAGAAAGUUCCUAAGGCUUGUCUGAAUAAAUUAUUCAGGUGUUACAGAAA